AUGACGACUUCACAAUCAGGAAAGGGCACAAAGACCGUGUUCACGUUGAACACUGGUGCGAAGAUGCCCGGCGUUGGACUCGGUACCUGGCAAUCCAAACCCAAUGAAGUUCGCGAGGCCGUCAAAAACGCUCUGCAAAUUGGCUACCGCCACAUCGACACCGCUCUUGCAUACGGUAACGAAGCAGAAGUCGGUCAGGGGAUCAUCGACUCCGGCGUUCCCCGCGAAGAGAUCUGGAUCACGACCAAGCUCGACAAUCCCUGGCACAAGCGUGUCAACGAAGGUAUCGAGUCCUCUUUGAGAGAUCUGAAGACGGACUAUGUCGAUCUCUACCUCAUGCACUGGCCCAGCUCCACUGUGCCGGAGGAUUUGAAGAAACACUAUGAUGACUGGAACUUCAUUGACACUUGGCGCGAGAUGCAGAAACUCGUUGGCACUGGCAAAGUUCGAAAUAUCGGAGUGUCCAACUUUGUCAUCUCCAACCUCGAGAAGCUUCUGAAUGCGCCCUCGACGAAGAUUGUGCCUGCUGUCAAUCAGAUUGAACUUCACCCUAACAUGCCUUCACCAAAGACUCUGGCGUACUGCAAAGAGAAGGGAAUUCACGUCACCGCAUACUCGUGCUUGGGCUCGACGGACUCACCUCUAGCCCACGACCAGACUCUCCAAAAAAUUGCGGAUGCACAUGGCAAAACUCCUCAGCAGGUGCUGUUGAUGUGGGGGCUUCAGAGAGGCACCAGCGUCAUCCCGAAAUCUGUUACCAAGUCGCGCAUUGAGGCAAACUUCCAACUGGACGGUUGGGAAUUGACACAAGAGGAGAUGGACACUUUGAGCAACAUCAAGACUCGCUUCAAGGUAUGCGGCGAUUCGUGGUUGCCCAUCAAGGUCUUCUUCAACGAGGAGGGCGAUGGCGGCGAUGUUCCUUCCCAUUAG